AUGACCGUCGCGGUCCUAACGGCAACGACAACGAGCACGCAUCGUGAGCCUCUCAGAGUAAUUGACAUGGCGGCGUCGCAGGCACGGCCUGCGUCGUCGUCUGCACAGAGCAACGGAGACCGGAGGCGAGGGAGACGAAUCAGUGAGCGCCAGGAAAACGGCGUCGAUGAGAACGCGACACAGGAAAAGCCAACGCGGAGUGUAAAUAAACGAAAUGCUGCUGUAUACGACGAGGAUGAUGAAGGGUUCAAGUUUACUCGAGCUGCGGCGCCCAAGAAACCGAAACUGGGAUCCGAAAUUACUUCUACAAACGAAAUUACGACCAGCAAGGUUAGCCAGUUGCAGUCGAAAAGAGGCCGUCCGCCCAAAGCCCAGACCGCGAAAGGAAGCGGCGCAUCAAUCGGAGAAGACAGAACCGUUAGCAACACAUCCAACGGGAGGCCUUCGAGACGGCGGUCGGGCAGAGACUCUCUAGAGCCAGAAGUGCAAACUGGGAAACGCCUUAAUCGAAACCGAAGUGAAGAGCCACCAUCGCAAACGCCAAAGAGGGGCAGACCCUCUAAAUCGCGACCGACAAACGACCCUCAAUCUCCCGAUGAUCGCCAAGGAAGAGGCACGAAGAUUGCAUUGCCUGUGGCAGACACCCCGGUCAUACGGCGGAAUAAGGAGAUGAGACAAGAACGCGCCGGGAAAGGACAGAGACGGAGCAGUUUAGGGAUGAGAGGACGAAGAGCGAGUUCUUUGAUAGACUCGGGAACAUCAAAUGGUGCGGCAGCUUUUGCAUCCCUAGGAGUGAUCCAGCCGGCUAAUAUUUCACAUGCAGCAAUCCCGCAUAAAGAGGUGUCUACCGCCGAGUUUUACAAACACAUCGCAAGUGAAGGGCUCCCAGAGCCUCGUCGAAUGAAACAACUACUAACAUGGUGCGCUACUCGCGCCAUGGACGAGAAGCAAUCUCGAUCUUCGUCAGUUGAUGAAGAUGCUCGUCGAGAAGCUCGAUUUAUUAAAGAAAAAUUGAUUGAGGACUUUGCAAAUAAGUCUGCUUUAUCGGACUGGUUUUCGCGAGAAGAUGCUCCUACCCCAACAGUCGUUGUCAAAAAGCCCAACCCGAAGAAUAUACAGAACGCGGAGAAGAUCAAGAAGUUAGAGGAGCAAAUACUUCGGUUACAAACCGAAAAACAAGCUUUGAAAGCAUUAUUACGACCUCCGUCAAUAACGGCACUUGAAUCACCAGCCUCCGAGGAGGACUCCUCGUCCAAAAACAAGCAACGUAUAGAUAUAGCCGCAUUGGACCCCGGCCAACGGUCAAUUAUCAAUACGAUCGGGCUUGAAAGUCUUCGAGUAAACCAAAAUUCCCAAGACGGGAAAGCGAUUCCUCAACCGUCUCCCAGCAAUCCUCCCCUCCCACCUUCUGCCGUCUCAAAUCGCCUGUCCCAUAUCACAACUUCUCUAGCGCCAACCUUGGAUGCAUUCGCUUCCGGAUUACACGACAUUGAUAUAUUCCGCUCAGCUGCAGACCGAAUAUCAUCAGAGGUACUGCGAAUGUGCUCGCAACGACUAGAGGAACGGGAUGCACGAAAUGCAGCUCGGACGCGGGAACUCGAAGGCAGCGAUCAAGAUGAUAGAGACUCCGGCGACAGCGAUAAAGAAUCUCUGGGAACGCGCCAUACAAGGCGCCCGAGAGAAGACGUCGGCGUGAUUCUCGGGGCUCUUAGCCGGGUCGAGAGGAGAUGA